AUGUCUAGCAGCUCGACAAAAUUCGGUCGCGUCGUCUGGGAAAGCAUCGCCCGAGGCUUUACUCCAAGAACGGCCCAGAGACCGUUCGCCUUCAAUUUCCCCCCUUUCAAUCCACAGAUCCGAUCGAUAUCCCAGCACAAUGUUCGACGCAACUGUUCCGGCGGGCUACUGCUGCUCGCUCUCGAUGCCCCGCCAUCAACGCAGAAUGUGCUCGCCAGCUGUGCCACGGCCUCCGAAUCAGUCGUUACAGGAACCACUUCCAGCCACGCCGCGGUCGUCCGAAUGGCAAGACAGGCAUGGGCAAGAGGCAUCCACACAUCUGGCGCUGCUGGACAGAUUCAAGGAAGGCGGAACAAGAGCUCAAAGGCGGGAGAGGAAGGAAAGGCAGCCAGUACACAGCAGGGCCCACAACAUGCGACACCGCAGGGCAAGGACCAUGAGGCCGCGGGGAAGAGUGCUGGAGAAGGGCAUGACAGCCUCACAGACUCAGUCUCAAAAUACCUGCAUCUCCCGCACCUGCCCAAGAUGCCCCAUCGGCCUACCAAGGAAGAACUUCUGUCCGCGGCGAAUGGGUUCUGGCAGAGGCUCAAAGUACGCUUCAAGUGGUUCUCUAUACGAAGUGCGAGACCUUUCAAUGCCGACGAGUGGGGCGCCUUCUUGUCUUGGAUACUCUUCGGCCACUUUGUCUGGAUUCUUGUUGGAACCACUACGUUCUGCUCGCUCCUUAUUCUCUUAGUCAACACCGUCUUCGCACAAGAAACUCUCGCUCGAUGGGUUGGUGACUACCUAACUCAAGCAGCCGGAGUGACCGUCGUCUUCGAAUCAGCUAUCGUACCAAAGUGGGGAGAUGGUGUCAUCACCUUCCGGAAUGUUUUUGUGUCUCGCCGCCCUGGCCAGGUCAAGUCGUCCGUCUCGAAAGGCUCUCCUACAGAUGCGGCGGCGGCGGCGGCUGCUCAUCCCGACUCCCAGGCUAUUCAUGACGAUGGAAACUAUACCCAGUUCGAUCUUACCGUUAGUGAAGUGAACGUCACGCUUUCUUUCGCCAAGUGGUGGAACAGCACGGGUCCUCUUCGAGACGUCGAGGUGAAGGGAGUCCGCGGCGUUGUCGACCGCACGUCUGUUUUCUGGUCAGGGGAACAGAAAGACCCUCUGUCCUAUCGCCACGUCUAUCAACCGGGAGAUUUCGAAAUUGAGCGCUUCAAACUCGAAGAUUUACUGGUCACGGUUCAUCAACCAGGUGGCUUCCGCCCAUUUUCCGUGAGCAUAUAUAGCUGUGAGCUGCCUCAGCUGCGCAAGCAAUGGCUCUUCUAUGACUUUCUCUCGGCAUCCCAUAUGUCAGGUUCUUUCGACGGGUCAUUAUUCACGAUUCAUCCGAAACAGAUCCACGGCACCGCCGCUGGCGAAGAGAAGUACGCUGCAGACAACCUUGGCGAACCGAGUGCUUGGAAGAAGUUCACCCGGCUCCGCAUCGACGGGCUCAAAAUUGACCAUCUGAACCGCGGUGUCCAAGGCACGUUCGGGUGGAUCUAUGAAGGAAACGUGGACAUUGUGGCGGAUGUGAUGUUCCCGGCAGAUCCCGAUGAGAGCAUUGGCAAGGUCAUGAGUGAUUUCUAUGACAAAAUGGAAGAUGCGGUCACCAGCAAUCGGUAUCUGAGAAUCCUGGACAAGGACAGCGGAUCGAAUGUCAGCUCUUACAACAUCAACAACGAACCAUCGAACCCAACAAGGGGUCAUCUCUCAGAAAACACCGAAUGCCACGGGGAAGAAACGUGGACCAAUGCGUCAGAUACAGACGAGUCAUUGGAUCCGGCUCAAGAGGAAGUUCCUCGUUAUUUGGUCAUGGAUCUCCGCAUCCACCUCAAUGACGUCCGGGCCUCAGUACCAAUGUUCCAUGCCACCCCGGACAUCUCGUAUGUCAACCAAAACUUGGUGCGCCCCAUUGUGGCCUAUAUCAACGCCAAGCACACAUACAUCCCGAUCAACUGUCGCAUCGUAAAGCGGCACCAGGACUUCGACGGGUCCUGGACGAUAUUCGACUGUGGUCUGAUGGACGACAUGUCCGCAGAAGUGUACACCGCAUUUGCCCGCGACGUCGAAAACCAGCACUCACGCGUGAAGAGGCUCAAGAAGGUCGGCUUCUGGGCCGUCAGCGUCGCGCUCCAAGCUUUACUCGUGGGUGUUGCGGGUGAUCUGAUUACUUGA